AUCAUGUUGAGUAGACUUUAUAGACCAGUGUUGGCAUCAUGCCAGAAAAUAUCCCAGAAUGCAGUGAGAUGUGCAUCUUCCGUGCAACCAGCAAAAAUCGGGAAGAAAUCGGAGGCCAUAUUUGAGAGGGAGGAUAAAUUUGGAGCUCACAAUUAUGCCCCACUUGGAGUGGCCUUGAACAAAGGCGAAGGUAAGAAAACAAGAAUAUGUUUUGUCUGGGACGUGGAUUUGGUUUUAAUAAGUACUUUGAAUUUCCUCAGUGCCGUAAUAGUGCAAGUAAAAUCCCAAGGUCACUGUCAUCCUAAAGUUAUACAGGCUCUAGUUGAUCAAGCCUCCAAACUGACGUUGACCUCGAGGGCAUUCUACAAUGACCGCUUGGGAGAAUAUGAACAAUAUAUCACCAAUUUAUUUGGCUAUGAUAAAGUUUUACCCAUGAAUACAGGCGUUGAAGGUGGUGAGACUGCCUGUAAGCUGGCUAGAAAAUGGGCUUAUAAGGUGAAAGGCGUUCCUAAGAAUCAAGCCAAGAUCAUAUUUGCAGAGGGUAAUUUUUGGGGUCGAACCCUUGCUGCUGUUUCCUCCUCCACAGAUCCCUCCGCAUACGAGGAUUACGGACCCUACAUGCCAGGCUUCGACAUGGUUCCAUACAAUGAUCUUAAUGCUUUAGAGCAAAAGUUAAAAGACCCGAAUGUGUGUGCAUAUAUGGUCGAGCCCAUACAGGGAGAAGCAGGGGUAGUGGUACCUCAUGAUGGGUACCUGAAGGGGGUGAGAGAUCUCUGUACCAAAUACAAUGUGCUCUGGAUAGCGGAUGAGGUUCAAACUGGACUCGCCAGAACUGGCAGGAGAUUGGCUGUAGACCAUGAGAAUGUGAAGCCAGAUUUACUUAUCCUUGGUAAAGCAUUGUCCGGUGGAGUAUUACCAGUAUCGGCAGUUCUAGCCAACAAUGAGGUUAUGAUGACCAUACGUCCAGGAGAGCAUGGUUCAACCUAUGGUGGUAAUCCACUGGCUUGUUGUGUAGCCAUGGAGUCACUCAAGGUCCUAGAGGAGGAGAAGCUGGCAGAGAAUGCAGAGCGACUUGGCCAGGUGUUAAGAAAGGAAUUGAAUGAGCUCCCCAAAGAUAGGGUGAAGUUGGUCCGAGGGAAGGGUUUACUGAAUGCCAUUGUUAUAGAUCCAGAAAUUGAUGCUGGUAAAGUUUGCAAGAAGCUGCUGUUAAAUGGUCUGCUAGCCAAGCCCACCCAUGGUGACAUCAUCAGAUUUGCUCCGCCCCUUGUCAUCAACGACAGCCAAUUAAAUGAGUGUAUUGAAAUCAUCAGUUCUACAAUCCGUUCCAUGUAAAUCUAAAAAUAGUGAGGUGUGAGCGAUUGUUGAAGAAAUUUGAAAUAAGAGAAAAAAUAUAUCAUUACAAAAAUUGAAAGGAACAUUAUGAUAGUGAUAAUGUUAAAUUGGUUACUGUGUAAUCAACAUUUUUAUUUUUAUCCAUGAGUUUUUGGCAUAAUACACAUAUCUAGAGUGAUAAUCAUGCAUAAUGAUGAAGGUUUUUUUCCAUGUUUUAUAU